AGGUGUCACGAUGGACGCCAACGACAACGCUUCUGUGGAAGCGCAUAACACAAUGCCUUCUGAUGCCGAGGUUAUCGUACAAUUCCGAGAUGUGAAUGACACAGUACUAGGAGCAACUUUGACAGUACCAGUACACUUGUCUAGAGAUAGAUUGGAGGAAUUACUAAGGACACUGCUGACUAGUGAAGACAACGAGGGCGCAGAUAACGAAGAUGUUAGGUAUACAUUCAUUUUAGAGAAUAGCCAAGAGAUCAAUAAGACACUUGAAGCCGCUCUCCAAGCUGUGGGCGGGCAAAUCUCAGGAGAAGGUGUAUGGAAUAUUAAGUACAUUCCACUGUCAAUUUAUAAAAUCAGACCGAUCACCAGGUGCUCAUCGUCGCUGGAAGGACACAGCGAGUCUGUAUUGUGUAUGGACUUUAGCGCUGAUGGCAAAUUGCUUGCAACGGGAUCAGGUGAUUCCUCCGUUAGGAUAUGGGACCUACAGACUGGAACACCGAUAAAAACACUGAAGGGACAUACCAACUGGGUCAUGUGCGUACUGUGGUCUCCAGAUUGCACGAGGUUGGCAUCUGGAGGCAUGGAUGGCCGGGUUAUCAUAUGGGAACCGGACAGCUUAUCAUCACAUCACAUUACACUCUCGGGUCAUACCAAAGGCGUAACCACGUUAGCAUGGCAGCCGUUGCAUCACAUAGACCUCCAGGUGCGCGCAUAUCCGCUAUUAGCUAGUGGAAGCAUGGAUUCUAGCAUUAAAAUAUGGGAUGUUAAAGUGGCACAGUGCCUACGUACGCUUAGUGGGCAUACUCGAGGUAUAUCGCAAGUUUUAUGGUCAGGAGAAAAGUCCAAUUGGUUGUUCAGUGCUUCCAGAGAUACGUUGAUUAAGGUAUGGGAUACCGAUAAAGGUGGUCUAGUGAAGGAUUUGAAGGGUCACGGGCACUGGAUUAAUACCCUGACGUCAAAUACAUAUAGAACAAUAAAAUCAGGACCAUUUACGGCGAUGAACUUUGAACGAGGACGAACGCACUUUGAGAACCUAAGGGAAAUGAUAGAAGAAUCACGAGUAGUGUACAACAAGUUUAUAAAAGAGUCAGGUCAAGAACGACUACUGUCAGGAUCUGAUGAUAAUACCAUGUUCAUAUGGCUACCGCAUCAACAAUCACGCAAACCGCUACACAGACUCACCGGACACCAACAGCUUAUCAACCACGUGGCAUUCUCAGCAGAUGGACGGCUAUUUGCAUCGGCAUCCUUCGAUCGCACAGUACGUAUUUGGUGUGGUAUAACAGGAAGAUACCUACGCACAUUACGGGGACAUAUAGGAAGAGUAUAUCGCAUAGCGUGGAGCUGCUGCGGAAGCCUGCUGAUAUCAUGUAGCUCAGAUACCACCCUGAAAUUGUGGGAUGCAGAAACCGGCAAGCUCAAGUUCGACCUUCCGGGUCACGCCGAUGAAGUAUAUACGCUCGAUUGGAGUAACUGCGGACGCACAGUGGCCUCAGGUGGGAAAGAUCGCAUAGUCAAGUUGUGGUGUCAUUGAUCAUAAUGUCGCGCCAAUG